UUCCGAUUCCAAACGCGGACGCGUUAAACAGUUGCUCAGAAAUCUUCGUGAAGCGUAACUUCCUUAUUGUCUCUUGUGAGUAGUACUAGUGCUUGUAAUUACUGACAAAAAAACGUGGAAGUUUUUCGCGAAAAACUAAUCAAUUACCAAGUGAAGUUCUGGUGUACUAAGUGGCUUUUACCCUUCCUGAUAUAACUUUAGAUCUCCAUCGUAGUGGGCGUCAUUGUGAAAGUCUCAAAACAAAAUGAAGUUUCUCAUACUCAUCGUCGCAUUCGUUGCGGCGGCAAAUGCGAUCUCCAUCUUUGAUCUGGUGAAGGAAGAAUGGACUGCUUUCAAGCUGCAACACCGCAAGAAGUAUGAAAGCGAGACGGAAGAACGCAUCCGCAUGAAGAUCUAUGUGCAAAACAAGCACAAAAUUGCCAAGCAUAAUCAGCGGUUCGAUCUCGGGCAGGAAAAGUUCCGACUACGCGUGAACAAGUACGCCGAUCUGCUGCACGAGGAGUUUGUGCACACGCUCAACGGGUUCAACCGUUCGGCCAUCUCUGGAAAGGGUCGUCUGCUGCGCGGUGACCUACAGCGCAUCGAGGAACCGAUCACGUGGAUCGAACCGGCCAAUGUCGAGGUACCGAAGACGAUCGACUGGCGUCAGAAGGGCGCAGUUACCACAGUGAAGGAUCAAGGACACUGUGGAUCUUGCUGGUCGUUCUCGGCUACCGGUGCGCUGGAGGGACAGCAUUUCCGCAAGACGGGUAAACUGGUGUCGCUGUCGGAGCAGAACCUGAUCGACUGCUCGCAGAAGUACGGUAACAAUGGGUGCAACGGUGGCAUGAUGGACUUUGCCUUCCAGUACAUCAAGGACAACAAGGGUAUCGACACGGAGAAGGCGUACCCGUACGAGGCGAUCGACGACGAAUGUCACUACAACCCGAAGAGCGUCGGUGCUGUCGACAAGGGCUUCGUCGACAUUCCGCAGGGUGAUGAGAAUGCGCUCAAGAAGGCCGUCGGUACGGUCGGUCCAGUGUCGGUCGCCAUCGACGCUUCGCACGAAUCGUUCCAGUUUUACUCGGAGGGCGUAUACUACGAGGCGCAGUGCGAUUCUGAGCAGCUCGACCAUGGCGUGUUGGCGGUCGGAUACGGUACGACUGAGGAAGGCGAGGACUACUGGCUGGUGAAGAACUCUUGGGGUACAACCUGGGGCGAUCAGGGAUAUGUGAAGAUGGCCCGUAACCGCGACAACCACUGUGGUAUCGCCACCUCAGCCAGCUACCCGCUGGUGUAACGAACUGGUUUCGAAGAAUUCGUUUCUACUGUGUGAUAUAAUACAGCUGGGUAAUAUCUAUCCGUGGAAGAUGUGAUCCGAUACCGAUCAAAGAGAAACGAUGAUAGCUAUGCCAUAGAAAAGAAAGGAUCGGACAACAUUUUAAUUUUCAUUCCUUCCCCUCCAACACAUCUCCAAGGAGGCCACAUAUAGUUGGUAGCCGGAAUCAAAUUUUACAUCUUUUACGAGGGAGGAAAAGUUCAUCAAUGUUUCAACACGAAUGUUGUGUGGGGUGAAAACAUUCAUCUUUUAAUGUAAUUUUUAAAUGUAAGUUGGGGAGAAGAAUUAAAAAAAUAAAUAAGAGUACAAUA